AGUCACGGUUCAGAAAAACUGAUACAUCAUCUCUUUGGCCAGGAAGUGGGAACUUGAAAAAACACGCAACGCUCUUAAUUACAUGUAUAGUGCAGCAUAAACAUCCGUCAGAGCUGGUGAAAACUUUCUGCUAUUUAUUUCCAGAAACCCAGCCUUCCCUUCUGCAGGAAUUGGCCUGUGACCAGAGAUGGCUCUGAUGGUCUUAAGAUGUGUUCCUCUGGUUGUCUUCCUCUGCGCUCUGCCAGCAGGGCACUUGAAUCUGCUGCCCCCCAUCCAGAGCAGUGAUGGGUAUAAUGUGGUUAUGGUAAUGAGUGAUUCUUUUGAUGGGCGACUAACAAAUACUUUGGGUAGUCAUCUGGUGUCUCUUCCAAAUCUAAACUUCAUGAAACAUCAUGGAGCUAUGUUUCUUAACGCGUAUACAAAUGCUCCAAUUUGCUGCCCAUCUCGAUCAGCUAUGUGGAGUGGCCUGUUUCCUCACUUGACACAAUCCUGGAAUAACUUCAAAUGCCUUGACCCAGGUUACCCAACCUGGAUGGACCUAAUAAAAGCAAAGGGGCAUAUUACUCAAAAGUUUGGAAAACAAGACUAUACGAGUGGGUCCCAUUCACUGAGUAACCGAGUGGAAGCCUGGACAAGAGAUGUCCCAUUCUUGCUCAGUCAGGAAGGCAGACCUAUAGCCAAUCUUACUACAAACCGGACUCAGAUUCGCAUUAUGGAGGACGACUGGAAGAAUACAGAUCUGGCUGUCAACUGGAUAAGAAAACAAGCAAAGAACUCUUCACAACCUUUUUUUCUGUAUUUGGGUUUAAAUUUGCCACACCCAUAUCCUUCAGAAAACAUGGGCGAAAACUGGGGCUCAUCAACAUUUUUAACAUCCCUUUACUGGCUUCAGAAGGUGUCGUAUAAGAACAUUACACUUCCAAAAUGGUUACCAUUAAACAGAAUGCACCCAGUGGAUUUCUACUCAUCAUACACCAAAAACUGCACUGGACAUUUUACAGACCAGGAAAUUAUAAAUAUUAGGGCUCAUUACUAUGCUAUGUGUGCAGAGACAGAUGCUAUAAUGGGUGAAAUGAUGUCUGCCCUUAGUGAUACUGGACUCCUCAACACAACCUAUGUGCUGUUUACAUCUGACCAUGGGGAGCUUGCUAUGGAACACCGACAGUUUUAUAAGAUGAGUAUGUAUGAAGGUAGCGCACAUAUCCCGCUUCUGAUGAUGGGUCCCAAUAUAAAACCUGGAACAACCAUAUCAAAUAUUGUCUCCCUAGUCGAUCUUUACCCCACUAUGCUUGAAAUUGCCGGUUUGCCUGUUCCUCAAAACAUAAGCGGUUACUCGCUGGUGCCAUUAUUAUCUGCAACGUCACAGAAUGAUAUUUUAUCAAGUUCCAAUUUGCAUCCUAACUGGGCACUGAGUCAGUUUCAUGGAUCUGAUGCAAAUGCGUCAACCUACAUGCUCCGAGAUAAUUACUGGAAGUACAUAGCAUACGCAGAUGGUGAUUCAGUCUCUCCCCAGCUGUUUGAUUUAACAGCUGAUCCAGAUGAGCUUAGAAAUGUGGCCCCUUUGUACCCCACGAUUGUCCUCUCUAUGGAGAAGAAACUUCAAUCAAUUAUAGACUACAGGAAAAUAUCUUACAAUGUACAUCAGUAUAAUAAGGAAGAGUUUAUCAAAUGGAGAGCGAGCCUUGGACAGAAUUAUACAAAUGUUAUCUCUAACCUGAGGUGGCACAUCGAUUGGAACAAGAGACCAAAAGCCUGUGAAAUGGCCAUUAAAAAGUGGUUAGAAAGUGGAAAUAAUAAUAUUUCUACGACUAGAUCCAAUAACAUUGUUAAGGAAAAGUAAUUAUAAAAUG